AUGAAGACGCUCGGCUUGAUCGGCGGCAUGAGUUGGGAGUCGACUACAACGUACUACCAAGAGAUCAAUCGUCGCGUUCGCGAAGUCCAAGGCGGCCUUCACUCUGCCCAGUGCAUCGUGUUUUCCUUCGACUUUGCCAACAUCGAGGCCCUUCAGCACGCGGGCAAAUGGGACGAAGCUGGCGAGAUGCUCAAUGAUGCAGCGGCCAAACUCAAGCUCGCUGGUGCAGAUGCCCUGGUUCUCUGCACCAACACAAUGCACUUCGUUUCUCACGGCAUUGAACCGGCCUCGCAACUACCUCUCAUUCACAUCGUCGAUCCUACUGCCGAGGCCAUCAUCAAAGCAGGCUACAAGUCCGUCGGCCUCCUCGGAACGCGUUUCACCAUGGAGAAAGACUUUUACAAGCAGCGCCUGGUCGAGAAAUUCGGGCUCAAGGUCAUUGUGCCGGGUGAUAGCGACAGAGAUACGGUGCACAACGUUAUCUACCAGGAGCUCUGCAACGGGAUCAUUCAAGAGAAAUCUCGCGAGGACUAUCACUCUGUCAUCCGUAGACUCAAGGCUGAGGGUGCUGAGUGUUUGAUCAUGGGUUGUACCGAGAUUGGUCUAUUGGUUGAUGAGGCGGGAAGUGAGUUGCCGGUUUUCGACACUGCAAAGCUUCACGCUAUCGCUGCUGCUGACUGGGCCAUGAAAGAGUGA